UGCAAAUUUCUCUAUUUUAAACGUAGGGACAGGAAAUAUGAAAUGGGACGGCCAGGAUCCAAAGCGACGCUGUCACUUAGGCCGAAGUUUGUCAACUCUUGACAAAGAACAAAUUAGAUGCUUGUGAUGGAGCUGUUGUCACGAGCACCCUGAAUUGUGAGAAGGUUGGACAUUUGGGGAAGUUGCUGCCUCUGCACUAGCAGGUUUUUACAGCAUAGACAUUACUCCUUCUGUCUGGAACAGCUCUGCAGGGCUUUUUUUUUUUUUCCUUUUUGCUUCUCAUGCUUGAUUAUUUUCUGACUGUGCAGUGGGAUGGGUCUGUUGCAAAAGAUUCUGGUUCCUUUUGUUGGAUUGGUCUUGGCCCUCUGGUUUUAUUCAGGAAAGGAAGAUUUUAAACCGGAAAUGCUGCAAGGGAAGCGUGUGAUUGUUACUGGGGCAAGCACAGGAAUCGGCGAACAGAUGGCGUACCACCUGGCACGCAUGGGUUCCCACAUACUGAUCACUGCGCGGACAGAAGCCAAGCUCCAGAAAGUUGUCACUCGAUGCCUGGAGUUGGGCGCAGCAUCUGCCAGCUAUAUGAAUGGCAGUAUGGAAGACAUGGGGUUUGCUCAGGAUGUGGUAAAGAAAGCACAGGCAUUAUGGGGAAGCAUAGAUAUGCUUAUUCUGAAUCAUGUUACCCCUGCGAACUUCAGAUAUUUUAACAGUGACACUGAAGAUAUGCAGAAAAUCCUCAAUGUCAAUUUCCUUAGCUAUGUGGCCAUGACAACUGCAGCUCUUCCUAUGCUCAAGAACAGUGAAGGCAGUAUUGUAGUAGUUUCAUCCCUGGCAGGCAAAAUUGGCUUCCCUUUCAUGGUUUCCUAUGCUACUGCUAAGUUUGCUCUGGAUGGAUUUUUCAGCUCCUUGAGGCAGGAAUUUGCUAUCCAGAAUACCAAUAUUUCCAUCACACUCUGCAUCCUUGGACUCAUCAACACAGACACUGCUAUGAAAGCUACUUCUCGUAUGUUCAGCUCUUUCCCAGCAGCACCAAAGGAGGAAUGUGCCCUAGAAAUCAUUAAAGGGGGAGCUCUGCGCCAACGAGAAGUUUAUUAUAAGUAUUCAGCUGUAAAGAUCCCUGUAUUGUUCCGGGACUGGGUUCCAGAUCUACUGGAUUACCUCAUCAGGAUGCGAUUUGAUGUGGAAAAACUAAAAGAAAAUUAAU